UGGCGAGAGGCGGGCAUGCACGAGGAGCAACCGUUGGGUGGCCAAAAGGUCGCGGCCCCGUCAUUGAUACGGUCGCGGAGAGAGCGCACUUUGGACCAAUUCCUCGAACCGGGCAGCUUCUCCUCCAACGGAAGCAUGAUCGUGGUGAGCAACAGGUUGCCGUUCGUGCUGAAGCGGAACGAGGUAACCGGUCAGCUGGAACGCAAGUCGAGUGCCGGCGGCCUUGUAACUGCAGUAGCACCUGUGGUUAUCAGCGGAAAUGGAGUUUGGGUUGGAUGGCCGGGAAUGCACAUGGAAAAUCCGAACGAGCCAAUUCCCGAAUCCGACCCUAACGAUCGUACGCCCACGGCUGGCCUUCUAUCCCGCAAAGUUGUGGCAGUGCACGUCGAGCCGUCCAUCUUCGACGCGUACUACAAUGGAUGCUGCAAUGGAACCUUCUGGCCACUGUUCCAUUCAAUGCCCGAUAGAGCGACCUUCAUUGCCGAGCAUUGGCGCGCGUAUUCUGCCGUCAACGAAGAAUUCGCAGCAAAGACGGUUGGUGCGUUGCAACAAAUCCACAAGGAGCAGGAAAAUCAAUCCAACGGCACGCCAUUGGUUUGGGUCCACGACUAUCAUUUGAUGUUAGCCGCGAACUGGAUUCGACAAGCAGCCGACGAGAAAGAUCUCAAGUUAAAAUUGGGCUUCUUCCUUCACAUCCCCUUCCCACCGUGGGACAUAUUCAGGCUGUUCCCUUGGGCUGAUGAAAUUCUUCAAGGAAUGCUCGGUUGCGACAUGGUCGGCUUUCACAUUCAGGACUAUUGUUUGAACUUUGUCGACUGCUGCCAGAGGAGCCUCGGUUGCAGAGUCGAUCGUAAGAACUUGUUAGUGGAGCACGGGGGAAGAACCGUGCGCGUGAGACCGCUUCCCAUCGCCAUUCCGUUCGACAGAUUUGUCUCGAUGGCUGAGACCGCCAACAAGGUCAUGCUGACCAAUCAGAAGAUCGUGCUGGGCGUCGAUCGUCUCGAUUACACGAAAGGUCUGGUCCACAGAUUGAAAGCUUUCGAGAGGCUGCUGGAGAAGCAUCCAGAGCAUCGCGAACAGGUCACCAUGCUUCAAAUUGCCGUUCCGUCGCGUACCGACGUCCGCGAGUAUCAGGACCUGAAGCUGGAGAUGGAUCAGCUGAUCGGUCGCAUAAACGGUCGAUUCACCACGCCCAAUUGGUCGCCCAUUCGCUACAUUUACGGAUGCGUCAGCCAGGACGAGCUGGCUGCGUUCUACAGGGACGCCGCGGUCGCUCUGGUCACGCCAUUGAGGGAUGGAAUGAAUUUGGUCGCGAAAGAGUUCGUCGCUUGUCAGAUCAACACACCGCCAGGCGUGUUGAUCGUCUCGCCGUUCGCUGGGGCCGGGGAGAUGAUGCACGAGGCGCUGAUCUGCAAUCCGUACGAGAUAGACGAGGCGGCGGAAGUUAUACACAGGGCACUUACUAUGCCAGAAGAUGAACGCACUUUAAGGAUGAAUCACUUGAGACGCCGCGAGAGGAUCUACGAUGUCAAUUACUGGAUGAAAUCGUUCCUGCAAGUGAUGGGAUCGCUCGAGGAGCACGAUUCCGUGGGCGCCACGACCAUGCAGCCGGUGACCAUGGACGAUUUCGACGACUAUUUGAGCAAGUAUAUCGGCGACAACCAUAAGUUGGCCCUGUUGCUGGACUACGAUGGCACCCUGGCGCCCAUCGCUACGCAUCCGGACCUCGCCAUUUUACCUCUGGAGACGAAGAACGUCUUGCAGAGGCUGUCUAACAUGUCCGACGUGUACAUAGCAAUUAUAUCAGGCAGAAACGUGAACAACGUCAAGUCGAUGGUUGGUAUAGAGGGUAUCACGUACGCUGGGAACCACGGUUUGGAGAUACUGCAUCCGGACGGCAGUAAAUUCGUGCACCCGAUGCCGGGUGAACUGGAGGGAAAGGUCGCGAACCUGAUGCAAACGUUGCAGGAACAACUCUGCAGAGACGGCGCCUGGGUGGAAAACAAGGGCGCCCUGCUGACGUUCCAUUAUCGCGAGACACCGAUGGAACGUCGUCCUCAAAUGAUCGAGCAAGCAAAGAAGAUCAUCGAGGAUUCAGGAUUCAAAGCUUGUCCCGCCCAUUGUGCCAUAGAGGCGAAGCCACCGGUCGAGUGGAACAAGGGUCACGCUUCUAUCUACAUCCUCCGUACAGCUUUCGGUUUAGACUGGAGCGAACGUAUCAGAAUUAUCUACGCCGGUGACGACGUCACGGACGAAGACGCGAUGAAGGCAUUGAAAGGUAUGGCGGCCACUUUCCGCGUCGCGUCGUCGCAUAUAAUUCGCACCUCGGCGGAACGACGUUUGCCAAGCACGGAUUCCGUGCUGACGAUGUUGAAGUGGGUGGAGAGGCACCUUAGCAAACGCAAGCCGCGCAACAGCACCGAGAUUCCAUCGAGAUUCCGUCGCAACAGCGCCGGUAUGACCAUGGAAAUGUCGUUCAUGUCACCGAACGCGAACCUGGAAUCAUCCUAGGCGACGCCGUGACCUUCGCGUUCCCGUAUCGACUGUGUCCUCGACAGAAAAUGCACGCGUGUUCUCAGGCUUACGGAAGCACUCGCAGAGUAAGAUCAAUGGAACAGAGAAGAAGAAGGGAAAAAUCUCUCUCGAGGGCGGAUAGGUAACGUCGCGUAAAUUGUACGUCCGAACGCAGAUACGGUGGGAAAGCAAUUAAUAUUUGAAAAGUCGAGAAUUCCCGUGUUCAUCCCCCGUGGGACGGAAUCGAACUAGCCGCUACUUAUUUCCGAAAACCUCUGAUCUCCCGAGUAUAAUACGGAUUAUCCGAGUAAAUUAAAAUAGGAGCACACAAGCCAAAGGAAGGAACUGAUCUUCUCGAUCGGGAACCAAAACCGUCUCAUCGACUAAUUCAGCGUUUAAUCGAUGUAUCUCUGGUAACCAGUUUAAUGGCUUUAGCCCCCCCGUAAUCAUAACGAAUCGUUAAACAAAAGAAAAAAAAAAAAUAACUGAAUGUUAUAUGUGCGAUGUCGUAAAAAAAAAGAAAUAGAAGGUUUCGAGCAUCAAAUGCGUCUAUAUGCAUGUUUUCUUUUCCUUUUUUUUUUGUUUUUGUAGCAUUCACCAUAUAGUUGUUACAUCGUACGGUUCAAACGACGCUUUCGACGAACGCGUUUAUCGGAAGCUAUAGUAUUUAGUUACAGUUGUUGGAAACCGGUCUGAAACUGUUUUCUACGAGGCUGUACAUUUGUCAACAAUCACCGAGACGAGAAACAGACAAUUAGUAAUGCGAGGAUCGUUCUCAGCGGAUAAGAAUAAGAAUUUUAUUCGAGAUUUACGGAUGAUUAAAAGUGAUCGAUUACUGUUGAAAUUUUCGCCCGUAUUCGGGACUUUCUUUCUGUGUACAUUUCAAUAGAAACGUUCGCCAAUUGUACCGAACGCGCGUUCGAUUAAUUUUUCCAAGGAUUGAAAUCUUUUGUUUUACAGAAUCUUUCAUUUUUUCUUACGGGUAUGUACACUUCUUUCUUUUUUUUUAUAAUGCUCGUAGAAUUUUCACGCGUUGUAUUUAUAUUAUUGAACGAUGUAACGAAGGUGGAUGGAGAAUAGUGCAUGUGAUACGUUAUAAUAUAUCGAUAUGUAUAUUCUUUGUUAAGAACCGAACACUUACGUUCGAUGAUUCGUCGAUUUCUAGUUUUUUUCCCCCCCCCAAUUAUCUGAUAAUGAUGGAACUGUUGUAUAAAGAGCAGUGCCAGUUACAUCUUCAUCGAGGCCCGAUUCACGUUCAUAAUUUCAAGUUACGAUUUAGUUGUAAGGGACUUUGGAAACGUACAUAUAUACGCGUAUGGUUUAAAUCUUUCGAUGUUGGCGCUUAUAUAAAAAAAAUCGAUGUUUGUUAAGCGUACGAACUUUGGCGUCGAAAGAAUUAAACGUGAAACCUUUAACCCUCGUGAAUUUUAUCGAAUAAUUCUAACAACGCAAAAAUUAAAUCAAGAAACUUGUACUUGAAUACCAGAUAAUGAAAUUGAGAUUUGGGUCAGAAUAGACCCGAGGGUUAAACGCGUAUCAUUCACACAUACACAUCACAUCAAACGAACACACACACACAUCAGGAGAAGGGAAUUGAAACACGGACAAAUUUUACACAUUUUUUAAAUAGAAUAAGUCGUUUAAGGAUUCUUUAUUCCACGUCUGUGUUGCUUUGAAAUUUUCUAUAGAUCGUUAGUUACAUGCAGUGAUCUACGUUAAUCCCUGCAUCGCUGGAUAUACGAUAAAUUUACAUGUACAAGCGAUCAAGUUAUCUUACGAGUCACGGAUUAAAACGAGCGAAAUAUUUACGAAAAUAUAAGAAAGAGAACGAAUUUAUUUAUGAUCGUCAACCUACUUGUCGUCACUGUUAUUAGCUUCCAUUCGAAUUUCAUUGCAUCGAUUUUUCUCGAAAGUAUUUGAUUUGUUUCCGAGUAAGAGUAUUUCCGAUUCUAAAAUUUCGUUGUUGCUCGUAUAAUCCGAAUGAAUGGACACGUUUGUCUUCGAAUACAUCUGCGAGUCAUUUUGUAUUACAUCCAUAAACAUAUAUAAAACACAAACAUGUAUACAUGCAUAAAAUAUCCAAUUUAUAGUUAUAUCAACGACAGUUUAUUCUGAUGUAUAUAUAUACGUGUAUUUUUAUAUGUAGAACCCGUAAAAUUCAAUAAGAAGACGGAUACGACGACCCCCUCCAAAAAAAAAUGAGUCUCACGAACUGAUAUCAAAUAAUAUUACUUAGUUACCUGUUUCUGUCCCGGGCAUCUAUUUCUACGACUAUACUUACGAUUUUAGUAAUACGCAUAUACACAUAUAAAUCGUCACCACGAAGAAAAAUAACAGGUCGAAGCGAUUGGAGGAUGUUUAAGAAUCUUUUGUUUUCUAUACCCUUUAAACGUUAAAAAGUAUAUUGUGUUUAUAUAUUUUCUGUUGUUCAUUAAACUUCGAUCUUCUGUUCGUGGCGCAAAUUCACGUACACGUUUAAUUCCCAUCGAUGUUCUGUGUGCUUCUGAUCCUCCUUAGUUCACUCUCAUUUUCCCCAGUACCCUUCUCUUUCUCCUUACUUCGACGCGUUACGGACCUUAGAUACGGUCGAUUUUAGUUUCACGUCGUUUUCAAAAGAAACGAGCAAAAUACACGCGCAUAGAAAACAAAACGACGAUUCAAGUUCUGAUACGGUAGUAUUUUUUCAUUUUAAAAGAGCUCCGCCCCCAAAAAUCCAAUCUCGUAUUUUCGUCUUGGUAAUUAUUAGUCAAUUAUUAUUACCGCUAGUCAAUAAAUAACGAACGAGUUUAUAUAAUGCGUUCGAAAGAGUAAAACAAGAAUAAGAUUAACGGAUAAGGGUGACUAAAGGAAACGCGCCGAAAUCGUGACUGUCGAGUGAAAAAGAUACACUAAUAUUCGAAACGAUACCCAAUGUCAUAUCUCUGUUUGAAAGUAUGUAAAACGUAUGUGUAUACGCAACAUAUACAUAUAUAGAGACCACGCAUAUGUAUACGUAUGUAUAUAUAGUGUCUUGUAAUGUUCCUGUAACAAAAUCUCACAAAAUGA